AUGGCCGACGUGGUCACUCAACGGGCUCAUUACAGCCCGCCUUGGGCCGAUGUCUCUAUCAUUGGAAUAGCAGGCAGCUCAGGGUCAGGUAAAUCAACACUAUCUCAUGCGAUUGUGUCGAAAUUGAAUCUACCGUGGGUUGUAAUUCUGUCAAUGGACUCUUUUUAUAAGAGUUUAGAUGAAGAAUCAUCAAGGAAAGCUUUUCGAAACGAAUACGACUUUGAUUCUCCCGAUGCCAUUGACUUUGAUGUUCUCGUGGACCGGUUGCGAGAGUUGAAGGCUGGAAAACGGGCGGAAAUUCCCAUAUAUUCAUUUGCGAAGCACGCACGGGAGAAAGAGACAACUUCCAUCUACUCCCCGCAUGUCCUUAUCCUGGAAGGGAUUUUUGCAUUAUACGACCCGAGAGUUUUGGAGCUCCUUGACAUGAAGAUUUUCUGUGAAGCGGAUGCCGACACCUGCUUGUCGCGAAGAAUCCUCAGAGAUGUCGAGGAGCGUGGCAGAGAUAUCAAAGGCUGUAUCAAGCAAUGGUUUGCAUACGUCAAACCGAAUUUCGAAGCAUAUGUUGAGCCUCAGAGGAAGGUUGCUGACAUUAUUGUGCCCAGAGGUGUGGAAAACAGGGUCGCGAUUGGUAAGACUUCAUUAUCUUCUCAUACGUUCCAACUAACGUAUGGCAAAGUCAUGGUGAUACAAUAUAUUGAGCGUAAACUUAUCGAGAAAUCCAAGAGCCACAGAGCAGCGCUCAAGAAGCUGGGCCAAAGCUCGGAAAACGAUGCUCUAUCGGAGAAUGUGAUUCUCCUUAAACAGACAUCACAGGUUCGGGGUAUGAAUACCAUCAUACAGGAUAUUGAUACAUCAGCAGAAGACUUCAUCUUCUAUUUCGACCGCAUCGCAGCUCUACUCGUCGAGAACGCUCUUAACAACAUCUACUUCAAAUCAGUAACCGUCGAAACCCCCACCGGCAAUAAAUACCACGGCCUCCACGCAACCGGCGAGACCAGCGCAGUAGUCAUUCUCCGCGCCGGCUCCACCUUCGAGACCGGCCUCCGGCGCGUCCUCCCCGAUUGCAAAACCGGCCGCCUACUAAUUCAAUCCAACAUCCGAACCGGGGAACCCGAGCUCCACUACCUCAAACUGCCCCAAGACAUCCGCACCCACGACGGCGUGCUCCUGCUCGAUCCCCAGAUGUCGAGCGGCGGAGCAGGCUUGAUGGCUGUGCAGGUGUUGGUGGACCAUGGCGUGCCCGAGGACAAGAUCGUCUUCGUCACGUAUUUUGCCGGCAGGAUUGCGCUGAAGGGCCUCACGAAGGUGUUUCCCGGUGUGAAGGUCGUGGUGUGCACCACGGUGCCGGAUUUCGAGGAACGGUGGGUGGCAUCGCGCUAUCUGGGUUGUUAG